UGUCUGUUUAUCCUCAUUUAAAGGAAACUCAUAUGCAUUUUUGCGUUAAUACCUAAAUGUAAUAAGCAAUGUCAUAUUUUUCAAAGUCAAUGUGUGAAACAGAAAUGCGUAGAUUUAUGCGAGAAGUAAUAAAUGACUUGACAACCUGCAACGACCAGAAAAAAUUAGUGAACAUUUUGUCUAUCAUUCGUUUUCUAGCUAAUGCAAACAGUGAUAAAAAUGACAUAACUAAAAAUGACGACAUUGCCACUAUUUCCUGUUAUGGACUUCAAAAGUUUCAAGAACAAGAACAUGUUUAUAAGCAUUUAUUCUGUAAACUUUAUUAUUCGCAAAUUUUAACUAUCGUUUUGAACAAGCUUUCAGUUGAAUUAAUUUCAGAGUUUCCAAAAAAUAAAAUAAGAACACACAUAGAUGGGUUAUUCUUGCACGGACCUGCAACACAUACAUUUCUUGUUCUUACACGUUCAAUAACAAAUGUGAGCCAGGGUUUUAAACUGCACAAAUGUGUUUCACUGCUGGAAGAUUUCCUCUGUAGCCACCGACUGGCCAACAUUCUCAAGUCGACAUGCUCAAUUGAUGUAUGUGAUCCUGCUGAUGACUCCAACUCAUCUAGGUUACAUUGGGACCAGUUGAUCAUGGCUAUUGUUAGUCUUCCAGAUAACAUGGCAAACAAACUGCAAGAACAAAACAGUGAAGUAUUUUUGCCUGCAAACUACAUACCGCUGAUUGGAAGGGAUUUUAUGCAGACUUUGCAAUAUGUCCAUGGCAUGAUUUCCAACAAUACUGAUUGCUCACUUGAGUUCAUUUGUCGUCUUUUUGGAAAACUCUGCAUAACAGGUUAUGGUGAUAUUCUGUGGGAUACGAUACUGCCGGGAUUGUACCAACACGUCCAGACAGAUUAUAUUUGGUGUCGAAUCUGUAUGCGUAUUCUCACCGGUCUUCCAGACAGGUGCUUAGAGUCAGCCAUAUUGCCACUCCUCAACAAAAUCCCCUGGUAUGGAACUGUUGGCAAGUUUGUGGGAGACUGUGUGGUUGAUAAUCCCCGCGUUCAGUACAUUCUGUGUACCAAGCUUCUACUGCAUCGCUUCUCAGAGCAGGUUCUGCUGUUACAGAAUGUUAUCGGCUACUUGGCUUCAUCUCACACCAGAAGACAGCUGUAUCUUCAGGUGAUGAAGAAUCUUCUUCAGGUUUGGGGAGAUGUGAGUGCCGUGAAGCACACAUCAUAUGAACAACAUCUGUAUAUUUGUCGAGCUCUUAUUAUAUGCAUCAGCCACCUGAAGAAUGAGGAUAAACAAGAAAUAAAGGGAGAGUUCCAUCGGCUGUUGAUGCCAGGUAUACAGUGUCACAUAGCAUGUGCAGAUGUGAAGAUCAGAAAACAAGGCAUGGUGGUUGCGGAGAUCAUUACUAAAGCAUUAGACGCCACAGGUCCUCAACUCAAAUUUGAAUAUGAACAUGAUGCUGAAGUCGAUGCUCUCUUCAGUUUGCUAGUAGUUCCCAAAGAACCCAGUGGUGAAGAAAUUGAAAAGAGAUUUGGAUCACUGUUGAUAGAAAGUGAGACCACUCGUGAACCACUUAAACCAGCUACUGAAGAGAUAAACAAGAAAGAUUCCAACAAAACGUCAACAGCAGAAACUCCAUCUGAUCUUGAUAGUGACGAUGACAUGGAACCGUUCGACAUGUCUCAUGAUCUACCAGUAACUAAAUCCAAGACGCCCAAGUACAUCAGAGAUUGUAUGGAAGGUUUGAUUUGCUCUGAUGACCCUGACCGUGUUGAAGCAUGCCUGAAAGCGUCAGAACACCUAAUACGAGCAAACCGUGAUGCUGUCAGAGAGAUUGCUGCAGAACUUUGUAAAGUGUUGCUCCACCUGUCAGAUAACUUUGCAAUCACCAACUUCCUGUUGCUGCGGUUCGCGGCACUUGUAGCAGUGACAGUGCAAUCUCCAGAAGAGUCUGCUGUUUUCCUCACUAAUGAAUUUUAUGAAAGAAACUACAAUCUCCGACAGAGAAUGGAUAUCCUGGAGGUUCUUGCUGCAGCUGCUCAAGAGUUGUCUUCCCCUGAAAAAUCAGACAAGGUCAAGGCUAGUAAACCUGUGGAAGAAAUAGCUCCAAAGUGUGAAGUGUCCAACUGGAGAGAGAUAGUGGAAAAGAGAAUUGAAAGCAAAACGCGGCGAUUUGCUAAAGGUCCUCGCCAGCCACCUCCACAUGAGUCGGCUAACAGAUUUUCUUGUGUUGCAGGAUAUUUCUUCUAUCCCUUGAUGAAACACUUUGACAGGAAGGAAAGCACUCUGGAUCUCCUGGGAGAGGACUUGUUAAUUCUCGGUCGACUGGUCUUCACUCUUGGCAUCAUCUUGUACGCAGCGUUACACACACCGAAUUGUCAACGGAUGGGAACAACUCUGUUAGAAUUUACCUGGAGUUUACGCUUUCACACAGAUCCGUACAUCCGUCAGUCUGUUCUAUUUGCGACGUCGAUGAUCUUCCUGGUGGUCCCAUGUCACUUUCUGUUGUCUGACCUGCAGUCAGAGGUCACCGAGACCAAGUCCUGGCUACAAGAUGUCGUCGAAAAAGAUUCCAAUACUGAAUGCAAGAAACUGGCAAUACAAGCAUUAGUUCUGUUGGAGAAUUCUUUGAAAAAUGAGUUUGACAAGGGAGUUUCUGUCACCUGAGAAAGCUAAACCUUCUUCUUUUUCUGUUUUUUUCACAUAACCCUGAGAUAAUCAAAGAGCAGAAGCAGUCAAACAUUCGGCUGGUAUCAAAUUUAAAGGAAUAAAUGCCUUCUAAUGGAGGACAUUGAUAUUUUUAUGACCUGAAGUUGUGCAUGUUGGUAACCCUAUCAUUACACAGCUGAAAACUCGUUCCUGUUUGAUUGAUAUUUGAUGGUUGUAAAAUGUCAGUGUUCAAGGUAAACCAAACAAUUGUCUCUGUCAUAGGCUUGGUAUUAGCCUGAUUGUGUUACAUGACAUUUUGUUUGCAAACAGGUGAUCAUUUCAUUUUUUCUGUUCUGAAUGACGUCAGUGUUUUCCUGUUCUGAAUGACAUCAACGUAUAUCCUGGAGACUAACAGGCAAUAGAACAGGGAAAGAAAAGGAAGGAAGUGUUUUAUUUAACGACGCACUCAACACAUUUUAUUUACGGUUAUAUGGCAUUAGACAUAUGGUUAAGGACCACACAGAUAUUGAGAGAAGAAACCCGCU